GACGCUGAGUGGCGGCCGCUUCGAACGCGGCCUAGGGCGCCUAGCUCCCGCUUCCGCGACCACCCUCCCUCGGCUCCCUCCUGGCUGGCAAAGACGCCUCUCUCCGACCUGUGUCCUGAGACACCGUCGCCCGGACUCCGACUCUCCCACCUGGGCCAAAGCCAAGGCCUCCGCGACCCCUAGAGUUGGGGUCUGCAAGGCCAAGCCGCGGGCGGGAGCCCACCGGCCGUCUCCAUGGCAUGCAGUCUGCAGAAGCUGUUUGCAGUGGAAGAGGAGUUUGAAGAUGAGGAUUUUUUGUCUGCAGUGGAGAAUGCAGAGAACCAGUUUGCUGGCUCGGGGCCUGUGACCACUGGGUGCCUGCGUCCUGUCUCUUCCCGGCCACAGGAGGCUGCACAGGCACGGGCUUCUGGGCAGCUGCUGCCAUGUCCCCCUGCUCCUUCAGAGGCAGCCCCGGGGCUCCACCGUCCUACAUCCAGCAUAUCCUGGGCCAUCAGAGGUCAGCCUUCCACAGGAACAGCCCCCCUAGGGCCUGUCCCGACGUCUAGCAACUGGACUGGCGAUCAAAGAGUGACACUGACAGAAGUGCUCAAAGAGCCAGCAAGGCCCCAGUCCUCAGCCUCCCGCCCCCAGUUCACCUUUAAGAGCCAAGAGCAGGUGAUUUGUGGCUUUGAGGGGCCUGAACAAGAUGAAUUUGAUAAGGUUCUGGCAAGCAUGGAGCUGGACCUUGGAGUUAGCAGUGAGGCCACAGGAAUCCUGCCUGCCUGGCAGCGGGAAGACUCAGCAUUGGCUAAAAAGGCCCGGGUAGCUGAUCUGAACAGAACUUGCCAAGAGGGGCCCAUGUCUGCCACCCACGUCACUGGUAUCGUGUCAGCCCAGGAUGAGCCUCCGGAGCCUGGUGUCCUCUGUGGGACUCCUCAGACCCACCUGAGACCUGGUGCCACGGCUAGCCUUCCUGGCCCAGCUGCCUCAGUAGUUCAUGCUCAGCAGCCCCACUGGCAAGUCUCUCCCGAAGGUCCCCGUCUUCGAGCACCCCUGCCUCUCCAUGCUGCUGGCAGGCCCGUUCAGAGCAUCCCUCAAAACCGGCUCCCAGGCCCGCCGUUCCUGUUUCCAAACACCUGCUUGAGUGGCACACCUCAUCCUCCCAGCCCACGAACUCCCAGCUCAAGCUGCGCCACCCCCUCAACGACUGUUUUUGGAUUGUCUCCUUCGCGGCCCUUCCAACCCCGGGCUGCAACGUCUGCUGUCCAGUCUCCUGCCAGCACCCCAAAGGGCCCCCGGCCCUCCCCCGUUCCUCAGGCCGCUCUGCAGACGCCCAUAGUCACCAACCACCUGGUGCGGCUGGUCACUGCUGCCAGCCGGACUCCCCAGCAGCCCGCCCGCCCUGCCACCCGUGCCAAGACACGCCGCUUCCCUGGCCCCGCAGGGCUCCUGCCCCACCAGCACAGCGGGAAAAACCUGGACGACAUCAUGGUUUCCACGCCCCAGACUCCAACUCACGGUGCUCUGGCUAAACUCCGGACAGAGGUGGUUACUAGUUCCCAGGCGUCGGUGGAGGAGGACUUUGGACGAGGGCCCUGGCUGGCCAUGAAGUUGUCUCUGGGCCUGGAUGAGAGAGACCCCACCUGUUUCCUCUGUACCUACAGCAUCGUCAUGGUGCUGCGGAAGGCAGCCCUGAAGCAGCUUCCCAGAAACAAAGUCCCCAGCAUGGCGGUGAUGAUCAAGUCCCUGACUCGGAGCGCAAUGGACGCCAGUGUGGUUUUCAAGGACCCCACAGGAGAGAUGCAGGGCACGGUGCACAGGUUGCUGCUGGAGACCUGCCAGAAUGAGCUGAAGCCUGGCUCAGUGCUGCUGCUAAAGCAGAUCGGAGUGUUUUCUCCUUCACUCAGAAACCACUACCUCAACGUGACGCCCAACAACCUGGUCCACAUUUACAGCCCGGAUUCUGGGCCAUCCGAGCCCUUCCCCAAGGAUCCAGGAAGCUCCCAUGAAAGCCUCCAGCACAAGACAGCGAAGCCUGGGAAAGACCUCAGAGCAGCACAGAACCCAGAGGCGGGGGUGGAACUUCCAGAGGCAGGUAAGGCCGCCAGCCCACCCAGGAGCAAAAGAGCUUCUCCCUCUAUUUCCGCUUGUACAGCUCAGCCAGAUUGUUCUGGCUGCAUCUUUUUCCUCCUAUGACUCUUUGGACUUUGCAGAAUCUUAUAGAAUCAGAUGUGGUGUGUCCUCUGGCAAGGCUGCCGGCCACAAACUAAUUAACACAAAGAAUGCGAUCCACAGCUCCCCCAUUUCCAGGCCACAUGCUGUUAGCCACAAGGAGGACACAGACUGGCGCCUUCCUUGUGUCUUGUGUGGGCUGAUGUCCAGACUGCAGAGGCAGACUCUCCCAUCUUGACUAAGUUCCGAGGCCCUCCAGGCAGCGCUGAGGGCUCCUGCAUCCGUGUGGUUCAGGCGGAACCAGGAUACAGACCUGAGAGGCCCAAGUACAGACCUCUUAGGGCAGGGCCAGCUUGUUCCUCAGGAGGAGGCAUCACCCAGGUGAAGCUGACACAGUCCAGGUCUGGUCCCUAGCUCUUUGAUUCUGUUAAUUCAAUCUUGUUUGGCCCCAGAGUUCAUGGGAUUAUGGGUAGGUGUCUCCACAUUAACCAGAUUCACAGUAGACCAAUGGAUAAACUGCAUGAACCCAUUUAUUUAUAUUGUGUCAAAAAGUGUCUAUCCUGUAUGCUGGAAUCUUCUCUAGAAUCUUGCACCCUCUCCUCGUAAGUCAGCGUGAUGUCAGGCUAAGCAUGAUGUCAGCCGUCGUCAGAAGGUUGCUGGUGGACGUCGAAUAGAGUGAGGCGGGCUGCCUGGAGACUCUUGUGGCUUGGUGUCACAUCUCCACUGUAGGGACAGACUUGCCGGGCAGACAGCUGCUGGCGGUGGCUGACCAGUGCUGGGAGACACAGA